GUAUUUGUUGCACUGUCACGUCGACGUCUCAUGAUUUGUCACACUUUUGAGUGUAGGUCUACGCGUACGCCAACCACUACCGGUAUCGACUUAAAUUAUUCAAAUUGUUGAAGAAAUCCAGCCAUGGCGAGUAAUGCGAAACCAAUGCCGAGCAAUUUCAAAGUAGUGCACAACGAUCAACUGGAGGCUGAGCUUACUAAUGCAGGAAAGAAAUUGGUUGUUGUCGACUUCACUGCUAAAUGGUGUGGACCGUGUCAACGAUUUGCCCCCGAAUUUGAAAAGCUUCCAGUUCAGUACCCAGAUGCAGUGUUUGUGAAAUGCGAUGUGGAUGAAAAUCCUCAAUCCAGCAGCAAGAAUGGCAUCCGGGCCAUGCCCACCUUUGUCUUUUUCCGCAGCAACUCCAAGAUUGAUGAACUACGCGGUGCCAAGCUGGCAGACCUCAAGCGGAAAGUGGAGAAGUGGCUGCAGCCUAGUUCAGGUGGUGACCAGGAAGACAAGACCAAGCAUUAUAUGAACUUGGUGUCAUUAAUCGACAAGUCGUCCGUUGAGUGUUUAAACCAGAGUAACGAGCACGACUUUGAAGCAUGCCUGACAAACGAUGACAGAUAUCUGGAAUCUGACUGCGAUGAACAGUUGAUUAUUACCGUAGGUUUUAUUCAGAAUGUGAAGUUGCACUCGCUGAAGAUUACAGGCCCCGAAGGCUUCGUCCCGAAGACGGUCAAGAUUUUCAUCAACCAGAUUAAGACCUUGGACUUUGACAAGGCGGAGAAAAGUGAGGCAGUACAGGUGUUGGACUUGACAAAAGAUGACGUGCUCGAGGACGUUGUUAUUCCACUGCGCUUUGUCAAGUUCCAGAAUGUGUCUUCUGUGACAUUAUUUGUGAGGGACAAUCAAGGAAUGGAAGACACGACUCGGAUCAGGCACCUGGCUUUCAUCGGUCUGCCCAUCAGCACUACAAACAUGGGAGAGUUCAAGAGGAUCUCUGGAAAGUCGGGAGAGAGUCACUGAGAACGCAUCCGUAGCCAUGGUGACUGGGCAGUACGUGUUCUAUCAGGAGUUUUCUAUGGAUUUCAACACAGUUCCUACAAAGUGACUGCGAGCGCGGGAGUGAUUAUAGGCUGGUUCCCUGCCAUGACCAAAAUGUGACAAGUAGCCGUCAGCCACAAAAACAGAGUAUAACCUGACAUAGGAUGCUCCUUCUGUUUUCAGGUGCAGUGCGAACACGUUCAUUAGUUUCUGACUUGUCAAUGUAAUCAAAGUUGUGCAAAAGUGGAGUUCAAUAUGCAAAAUAUAACAAGGAAAGUCAAGGGAAUUUUUCUAAAAUAGAGAUGCGUGUGAGGGGAUGUGCAGAAAGGAGCAACCUGUACACAUCCAAUAUUUGCAGAUAUUGACGAUGGACCCAAAAUCAACAAAAUAGGUUCAGAGAAUAUGGGCCAGUCAGAAAUUUGUGGAAACAGGAGGAAGUUUUGGUCAAAUAACCAUGACAGUUGCCGGACCCAACAAUCUCUUGAUAUAGGUAGGAUCUUUUGAUAAGGGAACCAGACUAGGAUUAAGCUGAAAGAAAUACUUUGUAGGUAUGUCAUGCUACAGUUGUCAAAGUAAUGUGCUAGUGUCAAGAAGUCAAGGGAGGUGUGAAUUUCUCUCAUAUUUGAAAGAGAACUGUUACUGUGGAAAGCAAAGCAAAAUUAUGGAUUGUUUCCGAGUGCGUCCCAUCUUCAUUCCAUUGACAUAUUAUGGGAAAAAAAUUACUUGAAAGAAAAACGAUUAGAGAAGAAUUAUAGUCGGGAUUCUUCGUACCUGUUGCUCACCCGUUUCAAAAUUGCUGUCUUGUACGGACAUGUGUGUCAUUUCUAUGGAAAAUUGUCACUCUUUCACUGACAGCUUUCUGCUUUGAAGGACAUCCUAAAAGCUCUAAGUGGGACAAAAUAAUUUGUUAUUGGGACAUUAUGGAAACGCUGGAAAUGUUUAUUCAACUAAAGCCCUACUCUAAAAGGUAUUAUAACCUUGACCGUGCAGUCAGGAGGUUAUGUAAUUAAAACCGCAAGUAGGGGGCUAGAUUUUACAGCAUGUAACGAUCUUCAAUCCAUACAUGUACAAAUACAUGGUGGGAUUCAACUUCGUAACUGCUCAUGAAAACUUCAACCUGUAACUGGCUUGUUAGUUGUUGUAGGAAGCUGUGUUGGUAACCAUUGGUAUGGUCUUUGUACUUUUGAGGGGCAUUAAAAACCGUGUAAAGUAAAUGGGGCGAAGCUCUUGUACACAACUCCAAAAUCCUGUUGGCAGAUUUUGAAGGAUUGGGGAGGCUUAGGGUAGAUAUAAUUACCCCCCUCCUGUAAUUUUUUUUACUGUCAAAAAUUAACAAAAAAUCGGAAUAAUUUCUGUAUAAUUUCAGUGGUUCCUGGGGGGUUCGGAAUAUUGUAUGUGAAGCCCAAGCAGCAUCUUGUUCGUGUAUGCCUUACUAUCCCAUAAAAUCAUUUUGGCUGUAAAACAGCAUGAAAGGAGACCGGCUUAGAUACGGCAAUCUCGUGCGCACAGGAAAAAUCACGAUUGUAAAGUCUUUUACAAGAGCACUUAAUAUCCCGCUGAGAUUAGAAAUGGCAAAAAUGAUUUACAUUGUAAUGGCACUUUCUGAAGAAAAAAAUGAACAAAAACGGAAAACCUGAGAGAAAAAAAUCAAAAUGACACCUCUGUGCAUUUUCAAU